GCUGGACCCACUUCACUGCCAACCCUGGCCAGGUUCUCUGCUUUUACAGGGUUUAAAUUCUCAUCCCUCAGCACUUGUUCUCCUUCAAUUCAAUUCUCAUCAUCUCUUAUCAAAUCCUCUCUCAGUCACAUUCAUUCUGGUGAAAAAUGGGAAACAAGUUGAAUGUGGUGGUGUUGUGUUUGUGUGUGUGGACCCUGUUGUGUUGUCUGGCAUCUUGUGCACAUGAUGAAGGGUUGCGUAGGAUUGGACUAAGAAAGACCAAAUUGGGCCCCAAUGACCGGUUGGGGUUUAAGGAUGCAGAAUCUAUGUGGUCUUCUAUCAGGAAGUAUCAUUACCAACCCCUGAACAUUCUCGGACUCAAUCAGGACACUGAUAUUGUUGCGCUCAAGAAUUACAUGGAUGCUCAGUACUAUGGUGAAGUUUUUGUUGGCACCCCUCCUCAAAGGUUCACUGUGAUUUUUGAUACCGGUAGCUCUAACAUGUGGGUUCCAUCAGCUAAAUGUCACUUCUCGGUAGCAUGCUUAUUCCAUGCCAAGUACAGGUCUAGUCAAUCAAGUACCUACAAGGAAAAUGGGACUUCUGCUGCAAUACAAUAUGGAACUGGAGCAAUUUCAGGCUUCUUUAGCUAUGAUGAUGUCAAAGUUGGUGACAUAGUUGUAAAGAACCAGGAAUUUAUUGAAGCAACUAGAGAGCCUGGAGUUACAUUUGUGGCAGCUAAGUUCGAUGGUAUACUAGGACUUGGAUUUCAAGAGAUAUCAGUUGGAAAUUCUGUUCCAGUGUGGUACAAUAUGGUUGAACAAGGGCUUGUUAAGGAUCCAGUAUUUUCAUUUUGGCUCAAUCGUAAAAUAGGAGAAGAGCAAGGAGGUGAGAUUGUUUUUGGUGGUGUUGAUCCUGCUCACUUCAAGGGCCAACACACUUAUGUGCCUGUGACCCGGAAAGGAUAUUGGCAGUUUGCCAUGGGAGAUGUAUUUAUUGGUGGUAAACCCACUGGAUACUGUACCAAUGGGUGUUCAGCAAUUGCAGACUCAGGGACGUCUUUGUUGGCGGGUCCAACGACUGUGAUUACUAUGAUAAAUCAAGCAAUUGGAGCAUCUGGAGUUGCAAGCCAAGAAUGCAAGUCUGUUGUUGAACAGUAUGGACAAACAAUUUUGGAAUUGGUCUCGGCUAAUGCGCAUCCAAAGAAGAUAUGCUCCCAAAUUGGAUUGUGCACCUUUGAUGGGACUCGUGGUGUCAGCAUGGGUAUCGAAAGCGUGGUAGAUAAGAAUGAAAGAAAAUCAUUUGGUGACUUUCGGGAUGCUACUUGUUCUGCAUGUGAGAUGGCUGUUGUAUGGAUACAGAACCAGUUGAAGCAGAAUCAGACACAAGAUCGCAUAAUGAAUUAUAUCAAUGAGCUUUGUGAUAAAAUGCCUAACCCAAUGGGAGCAUCAGCUGUUGACUGUGGAAAGAUCUCUUCAAUGCCUAUUGUUUCCUUCACUAUUGGUGGAAAGGUUUUUGACCUUGCUCCACAGGAGUACAUACUGAAGGUGGGUGAAGGUUCUGCAGCCCAAUGCAUUAGUGGCUUUACCGCUUUGGAUGUUCCUCCUCCACGCGGUCCACUCUGGAUUCUUGGAGAUAUCUUCAUGGGGCGCUAUCACACUGUCUUUGAUUUUGGUAAACAGAGAGUCGGAUUUGCUCAAGCAGCAUAGACAGUAUUGUCGUCUCGCAUAAUGACAAACAGCUAUUUGCUACUAGGACUAGUUUUUCUUUUCUUUUCUUGCCUUAGAAAAUUAGUAAAACCAAACAAAAAAUAUGACAGAAAACUCAGCCUCAAUACUUCAAAUUGGCAACUGUAUUUGCCAAUAGUUUGAUAUAAGUUUACAAUUAUGAUGUGCCUAAAAUUCUUGUUCUGUAUAUAAAUAUUCUCGCAGUGCCUCCUCUCAUCUAUUAAAUAGCUUAAGAGAUGUAUCUGGGUUGUUUGGCUGAUUUGGGGCUCUAUAGUCUGUAAUUAUGUUAUGCAUAUGCUUAGUUGAAGUGUGUAAGAUAUGGCUCAGGCUCUCGUGAUUCCUUAUAAUCAUCAUUUUCUUCAUGUUUAGCAA